AUUUCUUGCUCCGAGUCCCCUCCAGUCUGUGUUGCACUCUUUGUGUGUCACCCAAACCGGGAAUUGUCCGUGCUUCAGGGCCUAAGUACUUCUACUAACAUUUGAAAUGGCACCCAAGAAGGACCCUAAGGCUCCCGCCAAGAAGGCCGAACCUGCACCGGCACCCGCACCGGCACCCGAGCCUGCUCCUGCUCCUGCAGCUCCCGCUGUCGACCUGUCCGCCGUCAAGGUGGAAUUCAGCGCAGACCAGAUUGAAGACUACAGGGAGGCCUUCGGUCUGUUCGACAGAGUGGGUGACAACAAGGUGGCUUACAACCAGAUCGCCGACAUCAUGCGCGCUCUGGGACAGAACCCCACCAACAAGGAGGUCAGCAAGCUGCUGGGAAACCCCUCCGCUGACGACAUGACCAACAAGAGAGUAGAGUUCGAGGCCUUCCUGCCCAUGCUGCAGACCAUCAUCAACAGCCCAAACAAGGCAGGAUUCGAGGACUACGUUGAGGGUCUGCGCGUCUUUGACAAGGAGGGCAACGGCACAGUGAUGGGCGCUGAGCUGCGUAUCGUCCUGUCAACACUGGGCGAGAAGAUGACUGAGGCUGAGAUCGAUGCCCUCAUGGCUGGACAGGAGGACGAGAACGGCUGUGUCAACUACGAGGCCUUUGUGAAGCACAUCAUGUCUGUGUAAGGACCCUGCCACUGCGGUGGUGAGCAUCGUAUAAGUGCAGACCCCAUGGUGUCGCGACAUCCUCUCGCUGUUUUCCUGUACCAUCUGUGGACGCAGGGGGAACAAAGGACUAUGAGAUGUCAUUUCCUGAACCCUUCCUUCUUUUUCUCUUUUUCUUUUGUUUUUGUUCUACACUUUUUUUCCUUCCUCUUUUUGUCCAAACUGGUGCUUUUUCUUUUCUUCUAUCGUUCUCCUCCCGCUCUCGGGUUGCUGCCCUCCCGACUCGUCACAAGGAGUUCCUUUCCCUCGUGUUCCCCCGAGCCCUCCCUUCCUCAUCCUCUCUGGUCUGAUUGGGGUUUUUUGUUGUCACAGAGGAACAGUGAUGGAGGGUGAAAGGUGGGAUGAAAAUGACCGCCCCCCCUCCCUCUUGCUGUCUGGCUCUCAAUCUGUCAAUAAAGUGACUGGUUUGGCCCAGGACUGGCCAUCAAAAUGAAUCCACUCCUCACCCAUCCCAUCCCUGAGUCUUAAUUUAUUGUAUCCUCUGCCAUUUCACAAUAAAUUGUCAAACUCCCAUUUUAUUUCCCAA